UCCCCAUCCGGCCGCUAUAAGUUGAGCAGCACACAGCAGCGGCCUCCCCUGAGUUCCCACAGCGCACUACUCCCAUCCCAUCCCAUGGCGUCCGGACAGCCGGCCGUGCAGACCUUUGUUCUGAGGGUGUCCAUCCACUGCCAUGGCUGCAAGAAGAAGGUCCGCAAGGUGCUCAAGAGCAUCCAAGGCGUGCACGACGUGAAGGUGGAUGCCCAGCAGCACAAGGUGCUGGUGACGGGCACCGUGGACGCCGAGACGCUCGUCAAGACGCUCUACAAGUCUGGCAAGCAGGCCCUGCCAUGGCAACACACGCCUGCCAAGAACCCCGAGGCCCCGCCGCCGGCCGAGGUCAGCAGCAACGAUGCUGCUGCGGCGGCGGACAAGAACCCGGCGGAGCCUGUGAAGGAGCCGCAGGCCGACGACAGCUCGGACAGGACGCCGGAGCAGGAGGAGACGGCCCCGGACAAGACGCCUGAGACGGAGAAGGAAGCAGAGUCUGAGAAGAAGGAGGAUGAGAAAGAGGAGGCGAAAGCCACGAAACCAAGCGCUGAGGCAAAGAAAGACGGCGGCGACGGCGAGGGCCCGGCGGCCGAGCCCAAAGCAAAGGAGGACACAAAGGUGGCCGGCAAUGACCAGGGCGAGGCCAAGGAGGAACAGAGCAAGCCUAAGGAUGCAGCUGCGGCGGACAGGUCCCUAUCUCCGGCGCCGACGCCCGCGCACCAGGAGUUCAGCCCGUACAACGCGCCGCAGCCGGUGACGAGCUACCACACGGCGCAUCCGGCAGCGAGCGUGUCCUACUACGCGCCGCAGCCGGAGCAGGGCUACUCCAUGCGGCAGCAGCCAUCGCAGCCGCAGCCCGGGUACUCCUCCCUCAUGCAGCCGCAGCACCCACCGCCGGCGCCGCAACAGCAAUGGUCGCCGUCGUACCUUUACAUGCCGUACCCGCACGCGUCGCUGGAGUCGUACUACCCGGAUUACUACAGCCCGCCCGGGACGCACACGCCACCGGCACCGCCACCUCCGCCGCCGCAACAGCAAUGGUCGCCGUCGUACCUUUACAUGCCGUACCCGCACGCGUCGCUGGAGUCGUACUACCCGGAUUACUACAGCCCGCCCGGGACGCACACGCCACCGGCACCGCCACCUCCGCCGCCGCUCCAGGACUCGUACCGCCUCUUCGACGACGAGAACCCCAACUCGUGCAGCGUCAUGUGAUUUCACCGAGACAUGGACACGUAUGGCGCGGCGUAGCUCCAGCUAGCCACCGGCGGCAGAGUAGCUAAGAAAAGGCGGCUUAAAGCUCUCCUUGACCAAUCCAUUUUUCCUCUUCUUCUUUAUUAUUGUUAUUAGUGUUCUAUAAACAGAGCAUGUAAUUGUAAUGAGAUAAGCCUUUACAUGUAGCAUAGCAUCAAUGAAAUCUUCCCUACUCCCUC